UAGUAGUGGGCAAAGUGUCAAACGACGAAAGAGAGGGGAAAAUAGGCGGCUCAAGUGCAUCUUUGUUAAGCAUGAAAUCUUAAUCCAUGUUGGAGAUUUUUCCAUAACGUUGUUUAUGCCCAACAUCGACAAGGAAGAUUUUUAUACAAUUUGUAGAGAAUGUCAUCGCUGAAAGCAUUUGUAAUCAGAGUAAAUAACAUUCCCGCAGCUUAUGCUCCCGGUGAAACAAUUAUUGGUGAAGUUUUUGUGGACUUGAAUGAAGCAAAAUCAUGUCGAGGAAUCUAUUUGAGAUUCAAAGGCAAAGCCAAGGUCAAAUGGACAGAAAGUGGAGGGAGCAGAAGAACCAGAAGGACCUGUUCAGCAGAAGAAAAUUACUUUGGGACGGAAGUUUAUGUUGUUGGCAGACCAGAUGGUGAAAUAGAAUUGGUGGCGGGUCAACACGUUUUCCCUUUUACAUUCACAUUACCGAUGAACAUCCCCAACAGCUUUGAGCAUAAAUAUGGGGAGGUUGUGUACAACAUCAAGGCAGUAAUGAACAUGGCAUGGGCAUGGGAUCCCGAAACAUGUCUUCCGUUCACCGUAUAUUCUCCGCUCGAUUUGAGCCAAAUCCUGCCUCGCACUAUCGACGACGAGGUGCAUGCAGAUUAUUGCUGGUGCAUAUUUCCCUGUAUCAGUGAAGGGUUCAUGGAGGCGCAGAUUCACAUACCAAGUAGCACUUAUGCAAUUGGCGAGCAGCUUGAGGUUUUUGUGGAGAUCACAGCGAGUUCGCCGUCUGUGGAUAUCCUCGGAAUUGAAUUGCGAUUGAAACAGAUAAUAGAGUUUCAUGCUGAGAGUAAAACUAAAACUACGAGUGAAAUCGUACAACGAACUGGCAAGAACGGUCCCUUCCAAAACAAUAUCCAUAUUAACCUUGGACUGCAAGUACCAUCAGUCCCUCACUCUGGUUUCCAACACUGUAGCAUUAUGAACAUUAUAUAUCGUCUCGGUGUUAAAUUCCUCGUUUCUGGCUGCCAUUGUGAUACUAAAAAGUACUAUGACGUUAUGAUCGGUUCUAAACCAAUCGCCCCGGCACAAGACGUCGCGAGGUCUCUUGUACCUCCGACUACUUCGACUGAAUUCCCUACAGGAGGAUUCGCAAUAUCGAGAACAUCUUCCAUUCCUACAGCACCGAUUCCAGGGAUGAUGGGGGAUUUGGCAACAAUCACGGGGACAUCAAAUCCACCCCCUUAUACUCCAGUACCAUCGAUAGGCUUCCGAAUCCCAAGUCCCUCAGUACCUGUAGAGCUUACCUCAGCGACAGUGCCACCACCAUCUUACGAGUCUGUGAUGGCCGAAGACAGCAAGAAGUGAACACUACAGAGUGAAGAAAAAGCAAAAAUUUCGAUAUUUUCGAUAUAUAACUCGAGUUAGCCUACUAGCCCUCCACGAUAGGGUGUUAUUUCUUCACUUGGCGGAAAAGAAGUGCCUCAUGAUUUUAUGUAUUCAGCGGUGACUGAAGAUUAGCACGAGAGAGUUUAUCUUGGACGGAAUCUACUACUUCCCUCACAAUGUGCUUAAUUGAAGAUUAUACAUUCUUUAACGGAGCUAUAAUUAUACAUUCUGGAUGCAGUAAUAAAUGCGAAUUAUAUUUUA